UGCUCUUACAACCUCAGCCUCAUCAGCACAAAAUAAAAUAAAAGGAAAAUAAAAAACAAACGAAAAACAAAAAAAAAACUCUGAAUUUUCUUUCUGAUUCUCCGAUGUUCUAAGAUCGAUCACACCUUUGAUUGUUCCAAACUUUGUUUCAAUCGGGUGGUUGUAUCCCAGGUUGCAAUACUGAGAUUCAGAGCUAAAUGGCAUCAAUGGUUGCAAGUGGUAGCAGUCAAAUGUCUCCUUCAGUUUCUGUCCCAGAAAAAGGAAGUAGGAAUAAGAGAAAAUUCAGGGCUGAUCCACCUUUAGGGGAGCCAAGUAUCAUUACUCAUUCACCUCAACAAGAAAGCCUCAGUUAUGAAUUUUCUGCUGAAAAUUUUCAAAAAGCCUUGGUUCAUGGGCAACUCACUGCCUCUGACAUGUACCAAGAUCAUUCUGAUGGGUUGAAGCUUGGCCUGGGAUUGUCUAUCCCUGUAGUUUCAUCUGGGGUCAUCCUUAGUGAACCUAAGGAGGAACUCGAGGUGGAUGAAUGCCAUGAUGCUGAUUGGAGUGACACAGAAGCCCAGCUGGAAGAACUUGUGCUGAGCAAUCUGGAUGCAGUUUUCAAGAGUGCAAUAAAAAAGAUUGUUGGCUGCGGCUACCCGGAAGAUGUUGCUACAAAGGCUAUCUUAAGGUCUGGCAUCUGUUAUGGAUGUAAAGACACAAUUUCUAAUAUAGUUGAUAAUAUUAUAGGGUUUCUGAGAAACGGCCAAGAGAUUGAUCCGCGAGAGCACUAUUUUGAGGAUCUAGUGCAGCUUGAGAAGUAUAUCUUGGCUGAGAUGGUUUGUGUUCUUCGAGAGGUCAGGCCAUUCUUCACUGCUGGGGAUGCAAUGUGGUGUUUGUUGAUUUGUGAUAUGAAUGUAUCACAUGCUUGUGCUAUGGAUGGUGAUACUUUAAGUAGUUUGGGUUGUAGAGAUGGCAUUGCUGAUGGUUAUUCUGUCCAGAGGGAAUCACUAUCAAAAAUUGAAGCAAAAGGUCCUAGACUGAGUCUUCCAAGUCCAUGUAAAUCAAUUCCCUCUGGUUCUGAAUCUGGGAGAUCCUUUGUGGCUGAAAAUCCUGUCUUGAAUAAUGUAAACAAUUCUCAAAUUCUUGGUGGACUCUUACAUAAAGAGGGUGCUGAUUCUGGAUCUGAUAAGUCAUCUAGUACUGCUGGAACAUCUCAAUCUCCCCUGGCAGAAGAAAACUGUGGGAAUAUCAGUAAGGUUCAUUCUAGUAGCACCAGGAGGGAUUACAUUCUUCGGCAGAAGUCAUUCCAUGUGGAAAAAAGUUAUCGUACAUAUGGAUCUAAAGGGUCUUCAAAAGGAGGAAAGCUGAGUGGCUUGAAUGGUUUAAUCUUGGAUAAAAAACUCAAAUCCAUAUCAGAAUCUACUACUAUAAACUUGACGAGUGCAUCCUUAAACAUAAGCAAGGCAAUGGGAAUUGAUUUGUCCCAAGACUACAAUGCUGUUUUCUCAUCCAAUGAUGGACCAUCUAGUCCCAUUGUAUUUAGCUUGGAUUCUACUGAUACUAUUUCUCAGUCAACCAAUACUUCAUCUUCAAUACAUGAAGAAAAUGCUGCACCUGCGCUCAGUAGCCCUGAUGCAUUAUCGGCUACAAAUACUGACCUUUCUCUCUCUUUGUCUUCCAAAAGCAAGUCUUCUACAACACCCAUCUGCUACAAUAAUGGGGCAGCUAUUAGCAGUUGUGUGGGGAUUCCUUAUGACAAGUCCUUUGGCCAAUGGAUUCCCCAGGACAGCAAGGAUGAAAUGAUUAUGAAGAUGAUUCCAAGGGUUCGGGAGCUGCAAAAUCAGCUUCAAGAAUGGACAGAGUGGGCAAAUCAAAAGGUUAUGCAGGCUGCUCGUCGGCUGGGUAACGACAAGGCUGAGCUUAAGACACUGAGACAAGAGAAAGAUGAGGUUGAACGUCUUAAAAAAGAAAAGAAAUCUCUUGAGGAAAGCACCAUGAAAAAGCUUUCUGAAAUGGAAAAUGCCUUGCGUAAAGCAGGUGGACAGGUGGAACGAGCUAAUUCUGCUUUAGGGAGGCUUGAGAUGGAAAAUGAAGCCCUGAGGAAAGAGAUGGAGGCUGCUCAGUUACGUGCGGCCCAAUCAGCUACUAGCUUUCAAGAGGUCUCUACGAGGGAAAAGAAGACCCAAAUGAAUUUUCAAUCAUGGGAGAAGCAGAAAUCCUUUCUCCAGGAAGAAAUGAUGACUGAAAAACACAAAUUAGCGCAGCUGCAGCAGGAAUUAGAUCAUGCCAAAGUGCAACAGGAGCAAAUGGAGGCUAGAUGGCAACAGGCAGCAAAGGCAAAAGAAGAACUUCUCCUACAGGCCAGUUCUAUAAGAAAAGAAAGAGAACAGAUUGAGGAAUCAGCAAAAUCCAAGGAGGAACAGAUCAAAUUGAAAGCGGAGGAGAAUCUGCAGAGGUACGGAGAUGACAUCCAGAAACUUGAAAAAGAAAUUGCACAGCUGAGACUGAAGACCGACUCUUCGAAAAUUGCUGCGCUGAGAAGAGGCAUUGAUGGAAGCUAUGGCAGCAGCUGCAAGGACAUGAAAAACGGCGCCGCUGUGGAGGAACCACAACCCACUUUUAUCUCAGGACUGGUCCAGAAGUUAGGUGACCGCUCUGUGAGUGGGGGUGUGAAACGGGACAGGGAAUGCGUGAUGUGCCUUUCCGAGGAGAUGUCUGUUGUGUUCCUCCCAUGUGCUCAUCAGGUUGUUUGCACAACAUGCAAUGAGCUCCAUGAGAAACAAGGAAUGCAAGAAUGUCCUUCUUGCAGGAGCCCCAUCCAGGGGCGCAUUUCUGUGCGUUAUGCCCAUACAUAAUUUAUAAUUUUAUAUACUUUAGUGAAUUGAGAUUUUUGAAUAAUGUUAUACUGAGACACUUGCAUAGAAUAAUGCACUCAGAUAUUGCAUCUCAGGAUUUUGAUACAUUAAAUUGCUUUCGAUGCAGAGGUUGAUACAUUUACUACAACUUUUUUCCUUC